AUCUAUUAUCGAAAUUUUAAAACGAGGCUAUCCGGCAGAAUGCUUAUACCUUUUUAACGAAUAUAGCUAGCGACCUGCGGUUUUUACUAUUUGAAAGAGAAGACCUGAGGACGUAAAUAUGUAGAAAAUUUGAUUGGUCCCGCAAUCAACCAAUCAGGUGAGUGCUUGGUAGACAUUUUGAAAUCGAUAUUCUGAAGACAUUUCCCAUUUGCUUUUAGCUUGUAAUAUCACCACUCGAUAGAGAAAUGUUUUCUCUUUCAAUCUACACAAGGUCGACCUUCCUUGUUCGUUCCUUUCAGGUGCUAUAAGCGUUUUCCUAGGAGCCCCGAUUUCGGCUAUUUGACCUUGAAUCAUCGCAAAAUAGGUCGACAUAGUGGUAAUCGGCCACGCUGAGUCCAAUGGCAAUGUCUGUUUUCAGUUUCAAAGCAAGAUAAAGUUAUUAUGUUGAGAUUUUUAAAAAUUCAACUUUUUCCUACUAAAUGGUGUGCGGAGUGGAUAUUUCGAAAAUCUUAAUAUGUGUUAAGUGUGUGAUAUUACAAGCUAAAAGCAAACGGGAAAUGUCUUCAGAAUAUCGAUUUCAAAAUGUCUACCAAGCACUCACCUGAUUGGUCGAUUGCGGGAUCAAUCAAAUUUUCUACAUAUUUACGUCCUCAGGUCUUCUCUUGCAAAUAGUGAAAACCGCAGGUCGCUAGCUAUAUUCGUUAAAAAGGUAUAAGCAUUCUGCCGGAUAGCCUCCUUUUAAAAUUUCGAUAAUAGUCAUAAACGUCUAUCUUCACAUUUAUUUCUAUAAAAAUAGCUUUUAUUUUUUAGCGAUUGGUGGAAUGCUGAGGAUAUAGCAGAUUUUUGGAAGAAAUGGAAUAUUCCUGUUCAUACUUGGUGUAAACGUCAUAUUUAUAAACCUUUGAUCAAAGAUUGUGGUGUAUCGAAAACAAAGGCAUCGUUUAUCGUAUUCUUAAUAAGCGCAUUUUUUCACGAAUAUCUUAUUAGUGUUCCAUUGAGGAUGUUUCGUAUGUGGAGUUUUAUUGCCAUGUUAGUUCAAGUACCGAUGACUUUGCUUGUUCAAUAUAUGAGAUAUGGAACACGUUAUGGUAAUAUAGCUAUGUGGAUUUCAUUGAUAUUGUUACAACCAAUUGCCAUCAUGUUAUAUCUUCAAGACUAUUAUUAUAGAGAUUAUGUUCAACAUAAUUGA